GCCAUCUCUCUUAUCAAGGCGGCCCUCGCAAAGAACCCCGAGGAGCAGCAGCGAGGUGCGCCUUACAUCAUAGACAACUGGCACCAAGACUGGAAGCCAAUUCUGGGGCCAUACCGGAAAUUUGUGGAAAGCUGCGCCUGCUUCCGCGUCGAGCAGGGUGCGAACUCAGCCAACUACACCAUCCAUGUGGUAGAGGGUGCAGAUGAUGGCCCUCGGCCGUUCUGGAUCGCAAAUCUCAACAAGGCAUGGCAAGCCUAUAGCCUACUCAAGAAGGAGAAGGCCAGCGUCGAGGAGUUUCUGGCUGAAGCGAAGGUUCGGGCCCCAUCCGGUGUUCAUGCAAGCAAUGCCCAUACUAUUGACACAGCUUUUUUCUGGCCACACCAAAGCCGAGAAAGAAGAAAAACAGUGCCCGGACGCUCUCGAGAAGAAAGAGGUUUGCAGAACGAUGGUUCAGUUGCACGCACGGCCCUGGAAUCUCGGCGCUGCCCGUCCUAG